AUGUCCACCAUCCUACCAACCAGCUCUCGAGCAGCCGCCAUCGGUGUCCGGGCAGUUAGGCAAUAUGCUGCCGCCGCGCUCAAGCCCGCGCCGGAGGGAGAAGCGUCAUCCUCUGCUGAAGCUGGUCCUUCUCGCCCUAAGCCUCCACCCACCCCGCCACAAACAAAUACGCGGCGCCCGGCUUACAGCCCCCGGCUACCAAUCAGCGACACUGGCGAUCUACAUGCCACCACUCAGACCGCAAGCUACCAGCGGGGCAAGCUGCCAACAUCGCUGAGGGGGAUGGCACGCCAGGCGGCGGUCCGCAAGGCUGAAGCCUUCGCCAAGGCACUCAAAGCCGCGGCACCGCCGGAAACGGUGAUCGACCACGGACAAAUCACCAACUCUCCCUCUGCACUCAAAACACCGAUUAGACUGCUCUCCAAGGAUGAGCCGACGCUGGCAGACCUCCUCGAGCGGAAGCCAGCUCCUCCCCGAUACGCCAGGGAUGAGCCAGCGUACGCUAGGAGCUACCAGGAGGUGUAUCAGAGCAUCGAUGAUGCGUUUAUCAGGGAUCAGCUGGCGCCGAUGGUGAAGCAGAUGGGGAUAACGAUGAAGGCCAGGUCGGCGAAGCGGAAGAUGAUCCCGAAGAUCUUGUCGGAAUUCGGGUGGGAUCCCCCAGUCUAUCUUGGUGGAGAUGGACCUGCUGCGAAUCGAGAUUUUCAUAUGGAGGAGUCAGACCUCUUUCUUCUGCUAAAGGAAGAGGGAGUUCUUUCACCUCUGCUGCGGAAACGAAAUCCCCUCUCAUUCACCCUCGUGGAGCAUCCCAACAACACGAAGCAGAAUAAGGGAGAGAUGUCCGGACCACGUUGGACGAUACUACGAGCGACGGGGGACGAGAAGAGUCUUGAUUACUUGGCUGGGAUUCUGAGAUCGCGCCGAGCUAUCAAACAUACCCAGACCUUCGAUACCAGCGAGCUCGGCGGCUAUCACCCCUCCAGUACGCUUAUGCGGGCCAUCCCGAGCGCCUACGGCUGUCACAUCGAGAUGACUGGGAAACACACAAUACGGCUGACAAGUGCGCACCCCGCAACAAACAAGAGGGUGUUCCGCCUACUCGCUCAGGCUGCUUCACGAGUCAACCCCCUCCCAUCUGCUCACAUCAACGCCACAAUACUCCCGGGUCAAGCACCUUUCGCCGACGGCUCCACCUCAGGCAAGGGCCUGUUGACGCUGAGCCCAUUCCAGACUUCACCUCGGGACCAGCUUCCAUGGCACAUCUCGUCCAACAUCGAGGGGUGGCAUCUGGCUCGAUUACGGAGGACAGUAGUGUGGGAUGCGAAAUCGCACAGGUCCGGUGAGAUACAUCGCGAGGAGAAGCUACAGGAGACCAAGGUGUGGCUGAAGGCGGAAGAUGCGGUGGAGUUGGGGUCGCUGGGCGAGGUGGUACGCAACAGCACGGAGAGUGUAGAGAGGGAUGCAAAUCCAGCGGCGGAGUCAUCUGUCCUGCUCACCUUCGGACACCUUGUCACGCGUGUUCGAGAUCCUCUCACCGUCGCUCUGUACUCUGGUACACCAGGCUCGUCAACUUUCAAUCGUCAUCCCUCCCUCCCCAACUCCCAAUUCGUACAAUUCCUUCCGAACGCCCCACCCGCAAUGAUCCACUAUCCUAUCGAGACCACAACCAAGCGCAUACGGCGAUUACGCUACCGGUGUAUCGACUCGGGCACCGAGGUGGCGAUGAACCGGCAUCUCGUAUUCACCUGGCAAUACCCGGCCAAGCCGGACGCAGCAAUGAAGGAUGAAUUGGAUUCGCAGAAAGCAUGGAUGGAUGAGCUCAACGCGAUGAUGGACAAGGCCGAGGCGGACGUGGAGGACGAUGCGGAUGACCAGACGGAGACGGAAGGAGAAGAGCAGAGCCGGGAGCGGAUCCACGUCAAGGAGGACGCCGACAUCCAAGCCGAUCUCGAUUCGGAGAUGGCGCUCGACCAGACACCCCUAGAGGGUGACAUACCCUACGAACUCAAGAACCCCAUCACCGCAGACAUCCACACCCUCUCCACUGCCAAUCUCCGCCUCCCUGACCGUCCCAUCGAUGUCCACUUUGCAGCCCGGUCCAUCGCGCAAAUCCCGGUCCAACACCUCGCCUUCAGUCUCUCGGGCGUACGCGAGUUCUUCCGCUACCUCCACAAGAUCGAGAGAGGGGAGAAGUUCCCCAUGCGCCCGCCGCCCUCGGAGAUCACGUAUGAGGUUGAAGGCAGACCGCACCGGUUCCUGCUAUUGCUGGAUGAGGAGUGCGAGGUUGGGGAGGUGGACAAGGGGGAUGGGGUGGUACUGAGGACUGUCAAGAGCUUUGAGCCGAAUGUCGUUUGGUCCAAGCCGAAUGUUCACACCGAGCUCGAGUCCAAAAGUCCAGUCUCGGACACCUUUUGGCGGCAGUUCGCAGAGGUCUCGCGAGACGUCCCGGCGGGAUCAGCAUCGGCAUUGAGGGAGAUCCCAUCCUAUUGA